ACCUCUUUGCGUCUGACUUGUCAGCAGCAGGUGUAGCUCCGCCAUCCUCAACAAUUGGACCAGUUAACGGUACUCCGUCUGCACACAAUGCACCGACUCCUGCUCGUGCUUCUGACCGCCACCGGGGCGUCUCUGUUCGGCCUCCCGCAGCUGGAGGACUCCCCUGCGGCCGAGCCCUGCAUCGCCCCGCUGCAAUGGGAGGGCAAGUGGGUGCAGUACGACCACAGCACCGGCAGAAACAGCCGGGCCGCGGUCUCCUACGACGGCCUGAACCAGAGGAUCCGAGUCCUGCAGCAGCACAAGAAACACACCCCAUGUCAGAGGUUUUUCGAGUACAUCUACUUGUAUCAGAGCAUGGUAAUGUUCCAGAUUGACCAGAAGACCAAAGAAUGCUCAAAGAUUGCGCUGACCGAGGUUUGGGACCCAUUCGACAUCCCGGACAACUCCACCUUCGAGGACCAGUACUUAAUCGGCGGCCCCGGGGACAACGUGGAGGUCCAGGAGUGGUCGGACAGGAAGCCGGCACGCCAGCAUGAGACCUGGGUGGGUGUUUACACCAUGAAAGACUGCUAUCCGGUUCAAGAGACCUACACCAGUAACAGCAGUGUCACCACCUCCACUCGUUUCCUAAGCCUGCAGCUGGGCAUCAGCGACCCCAACAUCUUCACCCCACCGACCACCUGUCAAUCAGCCCGACCUGAGAGGAUGCUCGAGUCUGACUGCUGAGGCCUUACCAGAUCUCACAGACCUUAGAUACUUCAGCAUUUUAUAUCCAACUCUCUUAUUACCUCAUUCACUAACAAACACUAAGAGCAAGCAAGAAGCUGAUUUUCACAGCAAAAGAAGAAGUGCUUCUAUAAAAGCAUCACUACCACAAUGACAGAAUACUCCACUACAAGUAAAAGUACUUGUCAGCAGCAUGUACCAAAAUUAAAUUAAUGAUAAUUAACUAAAUUGUCCAUUGACUUAGAUACAACCACCACACUGUGUAAUAAAGCUCAAUCAAUGGUU